AUGCGCUCUGAUGACCCCGGCAAGAAAGAGCUUCCGGUGGCCCCGCCGGAGGCCGCUUCAGGCUUCCGCCGCAAGGUGAAGAAUUUGAUUAGGCGCGAGACGGAGCCAACAUCGAACUCGCAAGGUCCCUUCAAGUCGUCAAAGCUACCAGAAGGGGACAACGCUCCUGUUCCUGUUGCCACUGCGCAGCCGGCAUCGAAGGUCCCAUCGGCCCCACCAGUGCCGCGAUCGGCAGGUUCCUGCUAUGCGCGGCGCCGGCCAUUCUGGAAGGCGGAAACACGCCGUGAGCUUCCGGCUCGACGGGUGUCCGAGUUGAAGCCUCUUCCAUGCAACGCACGGCCUGCAAGAGGCCGGUCGCCACCAGCGUCGACCAGGUGCCUCAGCAAAGACUCGCAGCCCAAAGCGGAGGAGGCGAACAAGCCCGAGGAGUCGACCUCCCCAUUGGCUGCCAAGCAGCGGCAAGCACUGGCCAUGAGAAAGCUGCACAAGACAGCCGAGAUCUACAAUGCACCAGUCACUGUGGGCCACACCUUCAGGAGAAAGCUGCCGCAGACGUUGAAUCACAUCGGAAGGCCAAGAGGCACUUCGCUCCCGCCUGUGCUUCAGCAGGAGACGAAAGCUCCGCUGCUCGCUUCCUUGCCGCAGGCCGACCCACCUUGGCCGGCACCGGAGUCUGAGGUCGCUAAGGCUGUGGAGCACGAGCGUGAGACCACCAGCACGUGGGCAGGCGCGACCGUCCGACAUGGCGACGACGCCAAUCUCGCCGCACUCUUUCGACAAGGCUGGGAGCGCACCCAGCAGCAGAACGCGCAGGCCGCAGCCUCCAUGGCAUCGGCCACGGCCAGCACGGAGCCCAGCGCUCCCCCAGCGCCCGUCGGGAAGCUCCCGAUCUCGGCCAGUUCGACUGUCCGACACGCAGAAGGUAUCCCGCUGAGCGCGCUCUUUCGCCAAGGCUGGGAGCAGGCACAACAGGAAGCUGCAAAGAACGGCAAGAUCCUGCCCGGGGCUUCGAGCGGAGCUGCCCCGAAACAGCCCGCCUCAUCUGAGUUUUCACUGCCCGGAGCACCGGCGUGGCUUCGUGCCAGAGCUCAGGGUCGACGACACCGAAGCCCGACGCCGCAAAAAGAGGAGCCACCGCGCCGACUGUCAUCUUCCCCGCCUUUGGUUCCCAUGGGAAGACUGUUCAGUGCCAUCCAAAGCGGCUCCCAGGCCAUGACCCUGACGUGCCUCGAGGGGGUGAACUCGCUCCUUCGAGAGGCAGCCGGAUGCGUGGCGACCACAGCUUGGGCUUGGGAUCUUACCCCUGAGGACUGCCGUCCCGAGAAUAUUGCCCCGCUCAUGGGCAGCAAUUGGCAGAAGAAUCAGCAGACUCUGUGCUCAGAGGCACAGGAGGUCAGCGACGAGGCGAAAGAGUCAGACCAGGAGUCCAUGGUUGAGGUAAUCUACGAUCCUGACUGGAACGUUUACUACGAUCCCGAAACCCAUGAAUACUACGAGCUGAUCGAGGAGGAGCUCCAGAAGUGA